AUGACUGCAGUUUUGGAUCCCUCCAGGCCGUUCUCUGCAGAGCUACAAGUCAUCAGACGGUUGAACUCCAGUCUCUAUGGGGCUGGUGGCAGGGAUGGACUGGAAACUGGACGUGCAAACUCUCCUUACGCUAGAUUUAACCCCCAUGCUGAGCACGUCGCCCUGGCUCCCUUACGAGACGACGUCCCCUUGCUGGAUCCUUGCUGCGGUCAGCUCAGCGCCGGAGCAGAGGUGGACCUGGGGGUCAAAGGUCGGCAGAAAUUCAUAGAUUUCCAUCAUGUGGCCUCUGCUCUGCGGGUCCCUCCAGGUUUCAGAGAGAGGCCGCAAACAGUCUCAAACCCUGCUGGCAUCUGUAUAGAUUGGAGAGAAGACAAGGCCUGGAACUCCAGGAGGAUCCCAGAUGCAGUCUUAAGAGCAAGACUCAGUGGUUCAAGCAGUCCAGUUAAAGUUCAACCACAUCCUCUGAGGACGUCAACUAAAGCAACUUCACACAGCAGUUUCCCUGAUAAACACACUGGACCUCAGGAUGGCUUCUCUUCUGAUCUGAGACUGUGGACGGACAACUCACCUGCAGUUCAACGCUUCAGAUACACCUCUGCAACACAAAGGAGUUAUGAGGAAGUUAGCUGGGAUACAAAGUUACCCCGGCGCUUGAAGGCACCAGAAACGAGCCUGGAGACAAAGGCAGACCCAGUGAGUGAGCGUCCCUCAUCCAGGCGCUACGCUGGCCGACCUCAGCUGUGGCAGUCUAUUGGAGCUGAGUGGAACAGACAGCAGCUUCGAUCGAGGCAUGAUGCCAAGAAACCCAUUUCAUUCGGUACGAUCGGCUCUGAGAACAUGGAUAAUAUCGACAAUAUGGAUGAAGACUUUCAGCCUCUGACCCUGAAGAGGAGCAUUAUUCCCCCAUACACGCCUACAGCACGCCGAACCACCAUCCCUGGAUAUGCAGGCAGGGCUGUGUAUGCUAACUCUGCUGCUGAUGCUACAGCCUCUGUCCCAGCUGUCUGCAGCCCUGCACACUCCUCUGGGUGA